AUGGCGCGGUGGUUGUCAUUCUUUGCGGAAUACAACUUUACGGUCGAGUACAAACCAGGACGACUUAAUGUCGUCGCUGAUGCACUCUCACGUCGUCCCGACUUUGAAACAGUCGCGAAACCCAACAGUGAGACAGUCACUGUUGCGGUUAUGACGUCCUCAGUCCCAUCUACACCGUUGUAUGAUGAUGUGAGGCGGGCGUACACCCAAGAUGAUCGAUACACUACUCGCAACGGGUUACUGUAUUACACAGCCGUUUCUGGUGACACACCACGUGUUGUCAUCCCAGAUGAUACUGAUCUGCGUUUGCGGAUCAUGAUCGAGUAUCACGAUGCUCCUAUAGGAGGACAUCGUGGCCGAGAGAAAACAUAUCUCACGGUGAGUCGAGACUUUUACUGGCCCCGCCAGUAUCAGUUUGUGCGAAACCUCUACCGGUUCCGGCCGAGUGCUGGGAAUCCAUCUCAAUGGAUUUCGUCUUCGGGUUACCCAAAGACGCACGCGGGAAUACGGGUAUUCUCGUAUUUGUUGACAGAUUCAGCAAAAUGGUACACCUUGUGGCUGUACCAGAGUCAAUCACGGCAAGUGGCUGUGCUUGUGUCUUUAUUGACACCAUCUUCCGACUUCAUGGGUCGCCCCGUGAACUCGUAUCAGACAGAGAUCCACGCUCCACUGCUGAUUUCUGGCGUUCCGUGUUCAAAUCACUCGGAACGCGCUUGA